AUGAAUAGAUUUAAUCAGUCUCUCACGAAAAAAUUAAAACCAUAUCCCACAUCAACCUCACACUCACCUUCAACAAAACCAUGUAGAAAUGCCGAUACAGCGCACACAACACGACGUAAUGAACGAGAAAGAAAUCGUGUGAAAUUAUUAAACAUGGGAUUCGAUCGUCUACGAGCUGUGGUCCCAUGUCGUUCAGGUGAACAAUUGAGUAAAAUUUCAACUUUGAAAAAGGCGAUCUGGUAUAUUGAACAUUUAGAUAAAAAGGCUGAUGAUCAUGAUUUGAAGGAACACACAUCGGCAUCAUUUGUGCAUUCAACUCCACAGAACAGACGAGUUGACAAGAAGAACUUCUGUCCCAAUUCAAAUUCGCCAUCAUCAUCAUCAUCAUCAGUAUUCUUAUUAUCGUGCGGAGUGUCGAAUGAUUCCGGUUAUCACAGUUAUCAAUCACAAUAUGAAUCAUUAUUACUGUCGUCUGCACCACCAACUCAUUCGACAUUAUCCACAUGGAAUAAUCCUAAUCAUAAUGCAGGUGCGUCUAUGCUGACGCCGCCACCUCAGAAAUAG